AUGGGUGGUGAAGCUGAGAGACUGGUCAAGAAGCUGGCCAGUAAGAUGGAGUACCACACUGGCCAGAGAUACUCAGACGCCAUGGAAAAAAGCUUGAAUCAUGACAAAUGGAACAAACUUUUGCCCUAUGCGACAGAUGCGCCUGAACAUGUGUUUGCUGAUAUCAAGAAGAACAUAUCUUUCUCUGUUCAGCAAAAGGACUUGACUCGUGGUCUGAAGUUUUGGUCUGAUCAACUAUCCACGUUCAUCAAGAUCUAUGGGUAUCAAAUCUCCAAUGAAGACUUGGUUACGCUUAUCAAGUUGUACUACUCACUUAUUAUAAAGGAGGAUAUCAACAUUCCUGUUGUGGGUUGUGCUGGUAGAGCGUUUGCUCUUCUGUUAGGUCGUCAAAAGGUAAAGAAAAGGAUAACCAGAGAGGAGUUGGUGCUGGAUUGGAGGCCCUUGUACAACAUUUGCAAGGAAAUAUAUUUUGGGAAGGAUAGGGUCUACAAUCUGAAAGUUGGAUACUCGCAGCUCGAGGGUGUGAUUAGAAACGUGGUAUCCAGUUCUCGAGACUAUUUCUCGAACGAGUGUACGCGGGAGAUGUUGGAUGAGUGGGAGCCGCUGCUGUGUCCUCCUGACACAAUGUGUCACCGUGGUACCACCUACCUCUCAAUGUUCCUUCCUGUUACUGUUCAACCUGACCAGGGAUUCGGGCUGUGGCUAGAUUUAGUGUUGGGACUAGUAAAGACUACUGCAAUAGCAGGACGUGGUCAUAAAAAGCAAUCCACUUUCCAGUCGUUUCCUACGCUGCUGUGCAGAGUUGCCAAGUUCAACAUCGGUAAAAUCGAUUGGAAACCUCACAUCCCGUGGGUUUUCAACAUGGUUCUGCUUGAUUUUAACCUUCCAGUUGGUGAAAGUCACACCUUCGCUGGACUCUUCAAUGGCAGGAACAAGCUUUGUUCUACAAAGAUAGAAAUAAUCGUUUGGAUGAUGGGAGGAGACUGCACAGAAAUAAUCAUGGAGCAUCUCGAAAUUCUGACAAAAACUUAUGUCAGCUACAUACAUCCUUCUAACAGAGGGAAAUGGACGAUGAAGUUGGUUGGAUUUGUUAAUUGUAUCUGUGAAACUUUCUUGAAGAGAGUCGAAAUGGAAAGGUUGGAGCAAGGUUACUGGUUCCGUCAAGUCCCUGAGUCUCACCGUCUCUCACAAGAAACCAUCGAUAGAUUUGUCAAACUCAUGCUACCGAGUGUUAAACUGGUCAUGUUUAACGUCAACUCUGCUAACAACUUCCAACAUGACUACCACUGUCUGGUUCGGUUAGCACCCCAUAUCGUACUCCCUGACUAUCUGGCACACGCGUUUGACAGUAUCGAGAGUGUGGUUGAGCCACAGCGCGUCACAACAGCGCUCUGCUCGUUUGCUGUCUCCCUCCGCGCCCUCUGUCUCCAUGAGCCGUCCAAACAGGAGGUUAUUCCUCUGUUGAGCACACUCCUCCCAACCAUCAGCUCCAAUGAUCUGAACAAGAGUUGGAUCGCACUCCUUGCUUUCUCCUUUGCAUUCACCAUGAUACCUGUUGUGGAUUGUUCGCACCUCCUCCACCAGCCUGGGAAGAAAAAGAAGGAUCUAGAGCGGGUCUGGCGAUCUACCGCCCAGUUUAAAGACAUGGUAGCAGUUUUCGUCGACAAACUGAUGGGCCUGAUAGAGGUGAGCGCAAUGGAGGAUACUGGCAACCUCAAUUCUGUUAACCACAAAAACAGAAAUUCCAAGAAUCUAAAGGCUAGCUCUAUUCCCGACUACCUUGCGGAAGGUUCCAUCUACAUGAGCUUUGACUCCCUGGUGAGGAACUCCUCGGACGACAUCCGUGACAUGAUCCUGGACAAGGUGUUCCGAAAGGUUACUACCACAACACUAGAAGUCAAGAUCGCUGGUAAAACUAUGGGAGAUGCUCUCUCCAACCUCUCGAACAUAUACACUGAGAAAACUCUAAAAAAGUUCCUUCCUCACCUGCUCCGGGAAUGCAGCAUGUUGUUAGACGACGAGACGGACGCUGGGGAGACCAGCAGUGAGCUACUAUGGAACAUUACCAUGUUCCGCUCCAUCUUGAGGGGACGUGGUGACCACUUCCUCCCUUAUUUGGACGAUAUCCAGAGCCUCCUGGAACAGGCUCUCAAGUUUCACAACUCUCGUCAAUUGAUCACCAUUGUGGUUAAAGCUAUCAGCGAUUUGCUGCAUCUGCUUAUGAAGAUUAAGUCCUCGGAUUGCCAGUCAUGUCAAGUACCGUAUACUGACAAAACCUUCGACUUCACUUCGACAUGGGGUAUUGGCAUGGAAAUAGAGGAUAUCGACAUAAACUGGUAUGUCCCUGGAGAGAAAGAAUAUGCUGCAAUGCUCAAGAUAAUCGAACGAUUCGGUGUUUCGUCCAUGAACAAACUCAAACAGUUCGUCACGGAUAAGAAUAUGUGCAAAGAAGAAUUCCACGUGCAGUUGAAGGUGCUUCGUGCGAUCACAAAGACAGCUGGUCACAUCAUGCCGAUGCUUGGUCAGGACAGUCCCGUUAAGCUCCCGAAAUACACAGGUCACGAAGUCGAUGAGUCUGUCAGGGUUCCUAUCGUUAAUCUCGACCUGAAAACCGGCCUAAACUGCGAUGCGGAACUGCUGAAAACGUUCAGAGCGAAAGCUGCUGAAACGGUAAAAACAGUUUACGAUUACCAGUCUCAGAAUAUGGCGGACGACGUGAAAUCUGCCGAAAUGAUCUGCCUGCUCAUGGAGGACGUUCUCACUUAUAAAGGAUACGACAACAACAAGAUGAAGAAGGAGCACACAAAAUACAAGUCAGUCAAACAGCUGCUGGACGACCGACUGCUGGGGAAGAAGAAACAACUGCGAAUGGUCGUGAUCCACCGACUGCUCCUCCAGCAACAAUACCGCCAACACGCCCAACUGUUCACACCGUACACCGAAGAGCACCACAGGUACACCCAGUGUCUGGUGGACAUGUCGCUCAGCAACUACACUGCAGUCAGGAAGACAGCCCAGUACUGCCUCAAGAAGUGCCUGUCCGUCAUGUUAAACUCCCGCUGGUUCUUCAUCCCCCAGAUAACCCAGUAUCUGGAGCCCAACAAGGACAUCUCUCAUGAGCAGCUGAAGGGAGCUAUUUUCUGUCUGAGUUUACCACGGAUCACAGGUUAUUUCGCACCGCAGCCCAUGUUGCUAUGUGAUGUCAUGCCGGCUGUGUGCAAGGCUCAGCACUCUGAGAAGGACUCAAUCAUAAAUUCUAUCGAACAUUUGACGGAUUAUGUAAUUGAGGAGUAUAGGACUUGCUCGUUUAAUACUGAAGUGUCUGACGAAGCCAUCAGAUAUGCUGAACAAAUAUCAGGCCGAAUGCCAGAGAACCUCAUUCAAGCAGGACAUGAUAUCGCCAAACUUAAGGACGAUUUAAACAGAAAGUCAUUUAAUUCAUGCGUAGAAAGACUGCUGGAAAUCUUGAAAUCCGAGCAAACGACGUGGCGGUUCCUGGACCUCACGGUGGACAUCGUGAGAACUUUAAUCCAACGCGACAUGAUCUUCAGCGAAGACUUGGUGCGAACUUUCGUCCAGUUCCUCACACACGACAGCAUCGGACUGCGCAUGAUCUCCUUCAGAGUGGUGGGUUACAUCAUAUACCUCCAGAGACGAAACUACCAAGACACCCUCCUGGACCCGACUACCUUCCCUGAGGACGGUCCUGGAGCUCCGGUGGGAGAACGUCCUUCUAACUUGUGGAUGCAGUACAGAUCUGAGACCCUGCCUGUAACAGAGGAGGCGUAUAACUCGUGCGUGUUUAUUGAUAAGCCACACAUGGGCUACAAUAGGUGGGCCAAGCAGGUGAAAGUGUGUAUUGAGAUUGAUAACGGUAUUGAUGACACGGAGAGGUACAGCGCUCUUGAUAAGAUCAUUGUGUCCUGUUUUAAGGACCCGGCGUUUAUUGAGAGAUUUGUUGAACUGUACUCUCUUGAAGAUAACAAGGGCUCAGAGAAGGUCGAUAUAAUCAGACGGCAUUUCUAUCGGGAUUUGUUCAGAAACUACGGCUGGUCACUAUUCGAGUUGUUCAAACCGAAGGUGGAAGAGUUUAUGGAGGGCAAGAUAGAAUCCCAGCAUAGGUUUGCCGCUGAACUACUCUCCUCAGUGACUAGGGGCUCCAAGCAUUGGCCCUUUAAGGAUAUAGAGCGCAUGUGGGAGACCAUUCUACCCCUUAUCACGAAAGCGAUGCGACAGGUGUCUUCAGAGACGAUCAACAUGUGGGUGGUAUGCAUCAGCUCGAUAGUUGAGGACAGAGACCCCAGACGCUUCUCAAGGCUCAUCAGCAUGGCUACUGAAGAGUUCUUGUCGGGCAGAACCAUCUUCCACGACACAUCAAACCUGUUCCUGUUGGAGACAAUAGUGGCUCAGUUUGAGUGGAAGUACGCAGAGGGCCUCCACAAGUUGAUGGAGAAGAUCGCAGGGAAUCUUAACAACAACUACAAGAACGUUAGGGACAAAAUCGGACACAUGAUAGAUCGCUGCACUGCACACGACCACAUGAUGUUCAACUGCCGCCCCACUAUCAACCCCCGUAAAGCUGACUUCAUGGCUAAAGUCAUGCCCAUGCUCACCUCCCUGGACGAAGGACUCUUUGGGACGGAGUGGGUGGUCGUCAAUAAGAUAUCACUAAACGAUGAUAACGACGCUAUAAAGGUUGUUAAGACGAUAAUUAGCUGGUUGUUGUACAGCAGGUUCGUGGCUCAUGCUCACCUAGUCCCGGCUAUAUUCCCUUUCAUCAGCUACAUCAUCGCCCUAGAGCCUAGUGAGGUAGAUCCAGAUUUGAAGCACCUAUGUACCCAAGCUCUAUCCUUGCUUUCAAGGGAGAGUCUAGCUGAAGCGUCUCUAGAACCUGCUAUCAACGCUGUAAAGAAGGUUGUCAACAGCACCAGUGAGGAUAGAACUAUUGGUUGCACGUGGAAAGCUAAGUGUACUGCUCUAGUAUACCUGCAGGUGGUAUCGUUCAGUAAUCUCUACAUGAUACGAUCUAAUCCUUAUCUUUUUGGAGAGAUAAAGACUCUCCUGAUGGACUCCCUGCUCUCUCCCCAUGUCGAGGUACGGCAAGUUGCAGGUCAAACAAUCGGAGGGCUGAUGAAAACUGACCUGUUCCGUGACAGCGGUGAGAUAUUGGAGCAGCUCAAGACUAUGGCUAGAACCAAGCUACCUAAAGGAACCAAAUCCAGUCAAACAGAUAUUAAAGAGAUUUGGAUUCGACACGGCGGAAUAAAGACGCUGUGUGCGAUGGUUGAGUGUUUCCCUUACUCCAUACCACAGUGGCUUCCUGACAUUAUCGUAUUCCUCGCUAAGUUCACUCGUGGAAAUGUUAUGAUUAGUAACGAAGUUAAGAAGUGUAUGUCUAACUUCAAGCGAACUCAUCUCGACAGUUGGGAAGAACACAAGAACAAGUUCACUGAGGACCAACUUGUGGUGUUACAAGAUCUCCUGGUCUCUCCCAAUUACUACGCCUGAUUGGCUAAUUAUUUAAUUAAUUAGCUAAUUGGCAAAUUAGCGGACACUGAUUAUUUAAUUGAUCUUCAGGUUCGGGUUAUAGUAGUGCUUUUCAAAUUGACUGGUGAAUAACUUGAUCAUAUAUUUGAUUUGUUUGUUAAGUGGGAGUGUUUAUUUUUAAUAUGAAGCGUCAGCUGCUCCUUUAGGUAUUUCAAUUUGGUAUUUUUAUGUACCUUUCGUUUCCUCCUAGAGUCAGAGUUGACUUGAUAUUAUCAUAUAAAUUUAUCGCAUGUCCACUUGUCAAUAACAACCCUGUAACAUUCCCCAAACUUUUGUGACGGUGCUUUAUAAACCCUAUAUAGGAUUACCUGGUAACUCCUUUGAUAUUAUCUCUAUUAGUGGUGCAUACUUUCAGAACCUAGCCAAUUAAUGUUGCGUGUAAUUUUAAAGUUCUGCUAUAGGGCCUUCUAUUUCUAAUUAUAAAGUAGGUUAUAACCUUAGGGGUACAUUGUGAGAA